AUGGCGACCGUCAAUAGAAAUAUGUUCGGAGCGAGCAUAACUGAACCACCUGGAGGUGCCCAGUUGAUGGUUCUGCCGUUGAAUCUCAUCGCGGAGAUUGUGUCACAUGUCGACGACACAGGGGACCUCGCCCGGCUAUGUCGAACAUGUCGGGUCCUCAAUUAUAUGGCGCUGCCGCAGCUAUACCGGAGCCUAACACUGACUUCCUACGACAAGAUUCGCUAUCGAGAUGAACGACCAGAAGGAAUCGGGAGCGCCAGUCCCUUCACGAUGGGAUUGAAUGCGAUUAUUACACGAUCUUAUGCGACCUUAGUACGAUCAAUUACACUACGCGGGGAAUGGAAGGAACAUGAGCUGGAGGAGCAUGCCCGAGUGGGCCGGGUGCCCGACGCAUCGAUGUUGUUGAACAUCGCCGCCCGCGCUGCGGUCGAUCGCAUGACUAAUCUGGAAAGCUUCCAUUGGGAACUGAACACCAAAAUGCUCGACACGGUUUAUAUCGGCUUAACACAGCUGCCGAAGCUCACAUCCCUGACGAUCCGGUUUCCGUCCAGUCGUCAUCCACAGCCCACUUUCGUGAUUCCGGGCAUGCCCCAUUUGCGAUGUCUGAAAAUCACCGAUAUAGACCCGCUUUGCUACCCCGAUGAUAUUGCGACUCUUCUUUAUAAAAGUAGGAAAUUGCGCGAAUUGAAAUUACAUUGGUCGCCACGGAUGCGAGAUGCACAUGAGCCUAGCGUCUCGCUGCAUGAUUACUUCCGCAAGCUGAUCGCAAGCAAGCAGCCCAUGGCGGUUAAGAAGAUGUCGUUCCAGAAUCUAUAUGCCUUCCACACUGAAGAUUUCAACUUCGCUUUUGAUCCGACUACCGUCGAAGAUGUUACAUUCCUCAGUGGUGUUGAGGGUUCUAGUCUGGUCAACACAUUUGUCGAGAGCAGCUGGCCAACAGUCCCGCCCCAUGCCAAGCUCCGCAUGAAAUCCGUUCGGCUGGAUGCCGUGUCAAAACGGAACUCGGAGUUCAUCGGGAAUUUCUCUGGACUCGAGCGCCUAUACUUGGUCAAUGUUACAUCGGAAUCAAGCGACUUGCUCAAUUCCCCACGACCUGGCGGAGGCGCGGUCUCAUCCGCGCUCACGCCCCCAACAUCCGAGCACCAUUUGUCUGGUGCGCCCAGUGGGAACGCAACCAAUUCGCCUAUCACUUCUGCUUCUCCAGCUAGCCAGCUCAAUGCUAUAGCUAACGUACGAGACCUCUACCUAUCACACAUUACCACAAAUCAUGGCGCGACAUUGCGCCACCUCCUUCUCCCCUCAAAAUGGCCUCUCUCCACCGGGAUGAUCGCGCGACUCGUCCACAGCUGUCCGAACUUGGAACAGCUCGCCCUCGCCACCGAAUUUGCCAGCAUGGAAUCACUGGGUCUACUUAUACCCUUCCUCCGGAAAUUGAAAGCAAUCCGACUCCUCAUACCCCAAAAUUCCGGACAGUCUUCAAAUGGACCUGCGAGUUCUGCACUAAAGCUAUCCCCACCUUCACGAGUAACAUCAGGGUUUGAUGCAAUCAAAGUGAUGGAAGAGGCAUUCGCGAAUGCGAGGACUCUCGCGGAAGUGGUAGACAUCGACGACUCGAUCCUGACCGAGAUGUUAAGUUACGACCUCGGCAACAAGCAAGUCUACGGAAACGUCAAACUCAUCAGCAUGGGCUGGAAAGCCUGGGAACUGCGGGACUUCUACAAAGACCCCAUCCCACCUGGGCCCAAUAAAGAAUCCCCAUCACCAACAAAUGGCGAUAAUGCAUCCCCAGAUACAACCACAUAUAGUCCCGCUCCCACGCAGGGUACCAGCGGCGCUGGACUCUGCACUCCAUACCAGCCUGUCGUCGCCCACCCCCCCACCUGCGGGUAUAUCGAUAGACGUGAAGACGGUGAGGAUGCUGCGGCUUUCCGCGCUGCAUGCUACCCGUACACCUUAACCGAUGAUGGGUUUGUGUGGAGGCGGCGUACGCGGCGGGUAGGAUGGGAGGUUCUGCAGCACUGGGAGGUGUGGGCGUUGGAUGCGCAGGAGAUUUGA